AUGGAGGUGAUCUACAGGGUAAUGAAUUGAUCGAAUGUCUACGAGACGAGGCCAAUUUCUCGUCAUCUCUUUUCAGGAAUGCACUUGCAAACGAGUUGGGUGUUUCCAAAAUGGUCGUUGACGGCGAUUUGAUACCAGAAUCUGGAGAAAAUUUGAUUCGUAACCACGCACGUGUUCCGAUCAUGUUGGGUGUGGCUGAAAGUGAAUGGGCGCAUAAGAAACUUAUGAAAUUAUAUCUUCCAACUAGUAUCAUUUAUCCAUUGUUAAUGNCGAAUCGUAGAAAUCUUCUAUCAAAAAGUGAGUUGUGGAGCAAGAUGUAUUUGGACACGCCCGAGAGUGACUGGACACUAUCAAGAGUUGUUGCACGUCUUCAAGAGUUGGAAGCUGAUAUAGAGUUUGUUUCACCAGCACAACGUGAAAUUGAAGGAUAUGCACAGAAUGGAAUACCGGUUUAUGCAUAUUCAUUCAACUAUGUACCACGAUCACCAAUGUAUGAAGAAGAAAGGAAAUCAUUCUCGAUAUUCGGUAAUGAAAUCCUAAAAGUGAUCAAAAAAGAAACACAGCUGCCUGGUUAG